ACCACACAGCAAAACCCCAGCUCUAGCUGUGGUGCACAAUGUGGAUAAUAGUUGGGAUUAUUGGGAAAAAUAAGAUGAUUUGAAUGAUUUCUGUUCUUCUCUUGUUAUGAAUCUUUGCUAAGUAGUUGCAACUUUGUAAAUGUGUUUUAAACAAACUACAGUAAUACAAAAUAGCUUGAACGAGAGCGUGAACUUUUAAUGGUGCAGAAAUAUUUAUUUAGACUUUUCACAAAAAUAUGAGGGAAAUUAUACACUGACAAGCAGCACAUUGACAUGAUUUUAAUGCUUUAUUUUUAAAGCAUUAAAAUCAUCCUAUUUGUAGGGCGAAACAUCUUUGUUUUUCUUCAAGGUGCACCCUGCAAAUUAUGGAAUAUUCCGGUACAAACCUGUUUUUUCCAGCGGCAUACAGAAUAGAUGCAAUACGGGUUCCCACCAGUAGAGAAUGAUAGAGUGCCAAAGUACACUGAGGAAAUCUACCGGUAGUGUAUGGAAAUGUACCCAUAGUAGAAUUCCACCAAAACACAGGUAGUGCAAUACCUAGUGGUCUUGCAUGUGCAAUUAACAAACCAAAGUGACAGGGACAUUUAAAUGCAAUUUAAAUGGGAACAUUGAACACAAAAACGGUGUUACGAGGCAGAGCGUCGGGAUGUUGUUGAAAGAAUGACAAGGCAGAUAAACGAAUGAAUGCUCUUUUUUCCUCGUCGUAUUGCAUUGCAAUGGAGCAUUCAAAUAAAUAAGACGCUCGGCUAAAAUACAAGUGUGCUUGCAUGCAUGCGGUGGACACAUUUAGUCGAGGAAGAAGAGCUGUUUACUUUAUUUGCUCGGUUCAGCAGCGGUUGCGUGCACUCGGUGUAGCGCGGGUCAACCGGGGGAGGAGUCGAGUUCAGCACAGGGGCAGCUGUGAAACCCGUGUCCGCAGCCUCAUUUGCAUAAUGUAUUCAGCGUCAUAUGACGUCAGAGCGCUCGGCAUUUAUAAACGCUUGUGGCGGAAAAUAGCCGCACUCUUGCCUGCGCACCCAACGAAGCUCAUCUCACUUGACAAAGCGCUCCAAAGCACAGCUGCAAACCGGCUAGAUCGAGAUCGUCGUGCGUCGUGUGUGUGAUUUUAAGCUGAAUACCAAUACGGAUCUGUAAAAACAGCUCCCCAACCCGUCGCAAACGUGGCGAGAAGUAUCAUCCAAACCACUUUGGUCCUCAAUAUGAGCACUGAGAUGUUCGGCAAAACGCCGAUGGAGGUGGCUGUCUACCAGCUGCACAACUUCUCCAUCUCGUUCUUCUCCUCGUUGUUGGGGGGAGAUGUGGUGUCGGUGAAACUUGACAACAGUGCCUCUGGUGCUAGCGUUGUGGCCAUUGACAACAAGAUUGAGCAGGCGAUGGACCUGGUGAAGAACCACCUGAUGUACGCAGUGCGCGAGGAGGUGGAGGUCCUCAAGGAGCAGAUCAAGGAGCUGGCAGAGAAGAACCACCAGCUGGAGCGGGAGAACAGCCUGCUGAAGAACCUGGCCAGCCCCGAGCAGAUGGAGAAGUUCCAGCUGUGCGUCCCGGCCAGCGAGCUGCUGACCCUGGACAAUCAGUCCAGCCAGUCCACGGGGGGCUCGGGGCACCACCGCCACCACCCGUCACAGCUCUUGCUGCAGCCGGCCCCGCCGUGCCCCCUGACCCCCGGCUCUGCCGUGUGAGGGGCCGGGCUCCGGGCGGGCCGGGCCCCCGUCCUCAACAGCAGUAGCGGAGCUCCGCGCGGACGGCGCCGUCCAGCGUUGACGCGAGUUUGCCGUUUUCGUACCAAAGGGCAGACCGACCCUCAGGGGAUAUGAAACCCUUCCACCCGAAGGGGAGGAAAGGAAAGGUUUCUGCGGCUCCCAAACA